AUGUCGCUCUCCCUGUCUCCUCUGCUCGACGCACUACCGACGGACUUUGUACCCGAGUCAAGCGGACUUGUCCACCCCCGCCCAACUGUCACUGCCUCGCCUGCGUCGUCCAUCUGGAGAGAUCUCCCCGAGGCUGUAUUUCGCCAACACGUCGUUGCGUUGGAGAAGCUGACCAACGCUGUUCCUGUCGACGCCAAAUCCUUCCCGCUACCAUCCCAACUGACGGCUUCUUCUGACGGGUUCGCGGGAGCUCGUGCUAAAGUGCUUGCAGAUGGCUCUUCAGAGGCCAUUGUGACGGAUGUCCAUUACCGAGAGUCCGCGGAGCAACUCAGAAAUCCUCGUCCCCGCCUGUUGACAAUUGCCACGGAACAACGCCUGGCAGACGAUAUUGCCUACCUUGUCGCCGUUGGAGAAGGAGCGCAGUCCGUUGCUGCUGCCACUGUCCAGGAAAGUCGCAUAAAAGUCGACGUUGCAACAGGAGGCCUCGAUGGAGGCCCCAAUCAAGAUCAACAAGCGCUCCCAGCAGCAAGUCUCAAAGUCACCAUCGCCUCCGCAGAUGCGAUCGAGCCCAACUCCCAGGCUUUCCUACGCUCUGUUUUCCAGAUACUCUCUGCCCCGCCGCUUGCCAAGCCCUUACAUAGCCUCUUGGACCUGGUCAUCCGGCAUCAUCAAGCUCGCCUUCUCAACCGUCUUCGAUCCGCUAAGUGGAAGAAGCCAACCUAUCUCUCCCGUACUCACAAGAAACCCCUGUAUGCCGACUUCGCCAACCUCAUCCACCGUGCACAGUUCCUUUACUCCAAAAGAGAAUCAACCGCGCGGGCUGAGCUAGAAAGCCAACUCUCGGAGAUGGCCGCCCUGCUCGAAGCUUUUGAGACGGAAUCAGACGACCACGAGAAGCUAGUCGAAAUCGCUAAGUCUAGCUACCAGCUUUGCGCGUCACCCCUGAUCGCAAAUUAUCUCGAACGCUUACAAGCCAUCAGGGCAACAGCGCAAAUUCAGGCUUGUCUCAAAACCUUGCGUCAGCUUGAAAAGAUCGCAGCCUACUAUCGCAUAUGUCAAACUCUGACUGAUUUGUCCCACACACGUCCAAUAGUCUUCAACAGCGCUAAGCUCGUUUUCUUACCUCCUUACGAGGCAGUGCCUCUAACUCUCGCCUACCAGCCGUGGGCAAAAUCUACCCACGUGCAUGCAGAAGUCAUUCUGUCUGUACAUCAUGACUUGGAGAAAUCUGACAGUCCUUGGCACAAGCCAAGAUGUCUAGGCGCCUCCAAGUACUUUUGCUACCUCUGCUUCUUGUUCAUCCGACAUCAUGGGACCUAUUUUGCGGCCAAUACGCACGGGGCUUGCUACGACCAAUGGACUAUCCCAGACCUUGCGGACUAUCCUCAGCCCCUCGCAGACCACUACAGGAAAGUUGUGCGAGCAAUGGAUGAGGAAGUUCAACAUCAAACGCAUGGCGCGACAUGGAGACCGGAGCCGAUGACGAGCCGGGAGAACUUGAUAGGACUAAUAGACGGAUAG